UCUAAACUCAAGGUCAAAAUGUCAGACACAACCAAACAAUUAACUUUUAUCACUUCUCAUCUCUUGUGAAUCAUCUCCAUCACUCACAUAUUAGCAGUUAGAAAAUAUGGUUGUUCCAGAAAUCAUCUUCAGGGUAUCUUUUUUGGCCAUACUCAUCAAAUUGGCCUUGGCUACAGAUUACAUUGUUGGAGGCCCAAAUGGUGGGUGGGACACAAACUCAAACCUUCAAUCAUGGGCAUCAUCUCAAAUAUUUUCAGUGGGAGACAAUCUAGUUUUCAACUACCCGCCAAACCAUGAUGUUGUUGAAGUUACAAAGGCAGACUAUGAUUCUUGCCAGCCAACUAACCCUAUUCAGUCUUACAACGAUGGCGCCACAACCAUCCCUCUCACUUCACCAGGGAAAAGAUACUUCAUCUGUGGGACAAUGGGACAUUGCAGCCAAGGAAUGAAGGUUGAAGUAAACACUCUUGCAACUGCAACAGCUUCUGCCACACCAGCAGCAUCUCCUGAAGAUUCUACUACCCCGUCUGCAGAAUCUCCUGAAGAAAUUCCCACAGCACCGAGUCCAUCGUUCCAAACUCCUAUAUUUUCUCCAGUCAUUCCUUCCACUGGAUUUCCUGCUUCUGUUUCACCUCUAGCACCGAGUCCAUUGUUCCAAACUCAUCUUGAAAGUCCUAUACUCUCUCCAGUCAUUCCUUCUACUGAAUUUCCUGCUUCUGCUUCACCUCUAGCACAACAUUCGCAAGACGUGUCAGCUUCAUCUACCAAGGAAGGAAUUCUACAAGCCUCCUUUGCGGUACUUUCAAGCUUUCUAAUGAUGUUUAUGGCCUUCUAAGGACGGAUAAAAUUUUAGUUAAUCGUUACUUCUGAGUUCAUUGUGUGAAACUUGUUCUGCUGUUCUCUUUGUCGGUUUGGUAUGUUAUUGCUUACAAAUUCAGAUAUAAUUUCUAUGAGCGUGUAUUAUUAGUCAAUGAUAUUUGAUUUUCUGAUCA